AUGGCGGAUUCUGAGCUGUUUGUGAUGAGGGCGCCCCCUCUGGAUGGGAGGGAUAUGGAGCUGGAUGUGCUGGGCUUCCUGGACUCUCUGGGGGAGGACAACACCACUGCAGCAGAGAGGUGCUACCGCUCCCACUCCCGCAGCAGUGUCCUGCAGGGCCUGCCUUUUGGAGGGGUGCCCACGGUCCUCGCCAUCAAUGUUGUCCUGUGGAUGGUAUGUUGCUGACACACACACACACACACACACACACACACACACACACACACACACACACACACACACACACACACACACACACACACACACACACACACUACAGUGCUAAAGCAAUCUCAACCUCUCAUUUUAUCUCUGGUACCAGGGAAACAUUUUUCCCAAAGAAACAUCCUUCACAUCUAUAGUAUCCUGUUAAAACAUGGUCUUAUCCUUCCCAGAUAGAGGAAGUGGUAUAAUACGACAAGAAAGCAGAUAAAAAGAAAAACCUAAAUCUUGACAUCUCCCGUUACUCUACCUACAAGCAGGGCCGGCGCCAGAACGAAUCAGUUGAACGGGCCUUUGAUUUCUAUAGACGGUAAAAACAAUUCAAGGGACCUCCUAUGUGUGAAAGAUUUUUCACUUUUUUUAAUGGGUGUUAUAGUAAAGACCAUAGGCAGUUUGAGUUUUAAGUUUGUGAAGCUUACAAUUUAUCCUACCAUUUCUAACGAUCUGCGUGCCAAUUAUGAUUCGUUUUAUAGAACUCAGAGAUGGCCAAUGCAGCAGUAAGCCUAUAACUAACUAUGAAGUCGUCAAAUAAAAACAGUAGAAAAUAUUUCCCAUUUCUCUCUACUCUGCCUCCCUUUCUUUCUGUCUUGUAUUGAGCUACUACAGUAGUGAAGUGCAAUAUUGUAUAAAAUCAUCAACUGGGUCGGCCCGAAGCUGUCCCUCGGGAACUUGCAAAAUGAUAUCAACUAGCCUAUUCCGGGGCCUCAGAGUUUCGUGAGCCCGGGACAGACAGCUGUUUUUUUUUAUGACGUUUCCACUGGAUGUUUGGAAUCAUGAUAUUUUGCUCUUUCACACCGAGGCUUGGUGAUUAUCGAGGCUGGGAGUGUUGGAAAUAUUUUUCAAAUACUGAGGAACUAUCAUUAGCAAUGGAUUUUUUUUAAAACAGACUUUGUUGACUUACUGUGUGAGGUGAAGAAACAAAUUACUGAGAAGCUCAGCUUAUUAGUGGUGGACGUGGUGAGUUAUGACAAUCAGACGUUGCCAAAUGGGCGCUUUCCUACUUUUGCACGCAGCAGGCCAGAUAGGCCUACUUGAUCAGGAAAGAGAAACCAGACACAUGCUCAUUGCUGACAUGGAGCACUCCAAACAAAAGACAAUGGAAAGAUUUACAAAACUCAUAAUGGUUAUGAAAUAAACUCACAAUUUCUCACAAGUGUAGCAGGUUGUGAACUCCGCAAACAAUGUUUCCAGUCUGAGAAUGAGAACGGUAAAUGACUGUAAUUAAUACAGUACAUGCAUUAACAGAAAUUAAUGUAACCAAAUGACGGGGAAUUAAUGGUACAUUUACUAGGCCUACUGAUGACAUGUAAUGGGGAAUUGAUAGAAAAUAAACAAUCAAAGGGCAAACAAUUCACACAAUGACAAUGAAUGCACAAGAAUUGGUGGGAGACAGCUGAGCGCAUUCUGGACAGCUGAGCACAUGCAUUCAGGAGAAAGAUACGCCAUAUCUUUGCCAGACACCCCUCCCCUUCUUGUUGCAACAUUUUAAAUUAUACUCAAGACACAUUAUCUUCACACAUAUUUUAGAUGCUUAUCACUGACAGCCGCAACUCAAUCAGCUAGACCUUUUGCCACGCCCACUACCCAAAUUGCGGGCUUCCCAAAUAGGCAUAGGCCUACUCAUUUGUGAUUUGAAACAAUCCACAGCUAUUUUUUUUUUAAUAAGCUAAUGAUCCUCUGUGGCUAAGUCAUGCUCCCUGGUGAAAUAUUUUGAAUGAUUUUUAUUUAAUUUGGGCAAAAUAUCAAUUUACUUUAGGAGAAUACAGCAUCCAAACAGUGCACUGUGCACCCGCCAACUUUCCUUUCCAAUUCGCAAGAUGCUGAAACCAGAGAUCUGUAUAUAAUGACGAGAUGAUCAUGUCUCCGCCCUAAUAAUAAGAGUUCCAAAGGCAGGAAGGCAGGCAACAAGCUUAGGUCUGCAUAUUAUGCCCAUAGAAACGCAUUGGACUUAUUCUGGACAGAUUUUGCCGAGAGUGAGCCCUCUAGCUUCGCCUCUUCCCCUCUGCUGAAAUUAUUUCACAGGAGAAAGCAUCCGAGUGAGCGAAACCGCACCCCAAUAAAAUAUUGAAAUAUUGAUGAUUUAUUUGACAGAGACGCACACCGACAGAAAGACGCAUCAAUCUCAGUUAAAGCAUCCGAGCGAGCGAAACAGCGCCCCUCUGUCUCAGUAUGUGUAGCCCAUGUAUCUGAUGCUGUCUGGCCAGAAAUAGUAUGACCACUCUUUUGGUCCAGACAGCAUCAGAUAUAUGGUCUACACAUACUGAGACAGAGGGGCGCUGUUUCGCUCGCUCGGAUGCUUUAACUGAGAUUGAUGCGUCUUUCUGUCGGUGUGUGUCUUGGUCAAAUAAAUCAUCAAUAUUUCAAUAUUUUAUUUGGACAGGCAAGGAGGUGCGGUGGGGCGGGCCAGGCCCGCUAAUGCCCGCCCAUAAUGCCGGACCUGCUUACAAGCCUUCACAUGAAUCUGCUCAUGAUACAAACACUACUCAUUCUCCUCCUGUCUCUAACAUACAGUGUGUCGCCAUACAUGCACAUGCUGUUUACAAAUAUGCAGAGAGAUUACCCUCCCCACUCCAGGAUAAUAAUAGACAUCCAUCUUUGUCUACAGAUUAGUGAAUGUACACCUCUGUUCCGCUGUCAGGCCUUGUCAAACUAGAUUUCCUCUCUGGUUAUCAGUCUGUCUACCAGCCCAUGUUUAAUUGAUUCACUGUGAUUGUUCCCUGGUAGUCAGGACAACACAGAAGGUUAAUAGCAGUGUCUUAAUGACGAGUUCAAACCUUGAUUUUCCCCCAUGUGACAGCAUCCCGCCUCUGCACCAUUCCUAACAUCACACAGAAUAAUAAUCUGUGGGGCAUCAGCGGAACGUGGACACCCACGCAGGGACAAGAAAUAGAAGACAUUAGAGCCAGGCAGGGAGAAAGGGGAUACAACGUGGGGAUAUUAUCUAUGCGGAGAGCUUAGGAAUUGCAUUUGGCCAUGACUAUAAAAGUAGAAGCAGAAUGUAUUAUUCAUCUCAUCCCAGCUUAGUCCAAUACCUUGUUAAACAUUGUCCUGAUUGCCCAUGCAUGGCUUUAGACCAGUAUGGAGGCACAGGGAGGUGGUGGUUGAUGAGCUCUGUAUGUCUUAUAACUCAUUCUUUGUAUUGCAGUUUCUUUUGCUGAUAUUUUCCUGUUUGAGGAAGGCUGCGUGGGACUAUGGUCGUCUGGCUCUAUUGAUGGAGAAUGACAGGUACAGUAAAGCCUUUCCCCUCAGCCUCCAUUCGUACUCACUGUAUUUUAAGUCUGGUUUAGAAGUCGAGGCAACACUCAAGAUGGAGAAAUCGAAAGCAUAGUUCAUUACCACUUGACACUGUGCUACUUGAGAUUGGCUCCCCCUACUGAGAAGAAAUGGUACUGCACAGGUAUUCUCAUACUCAUGAAAUAUUUUGUUUUCCUGUCUUUCUUUCUCUGAUGGAGCUGGUGUUACACUAUUACGUUGCUUUAAUAUAACUAUACUGAACAGAAAUAUAAACUCAACAUGCAACAAUUUUAAAGAUUUUUUAAGAUUAGUUACAGUUCAUAUAAGGAAAUCAGUCAAUUGAAAUAAAGUAAUUUAGCCCUAAUCUAUGGAUUUCACAUUACUUGGAAUACAGAUAUGCAUCUGUUGGUCACAGAUACCUUUAAAAAAGUUAGGGGCGUGGAUCAGAAAACCAAUCAUGACCACCAUUUGCCUCAUGCAGCGCGACACAUCUCCUUCGCAUAGAGUUGAUCAGGCUGUUGAUUGUGGCCUGUGGAAUGUUGUCCCACUUCUCUUCAAUGGCUGUGCGAAGUUGCUGGAUAUUGGCGGGAACUGGAACACGCUGUCGUACACGUCUAUCCAGAGCAUCCCAAACAUGCUCAAUGGGUGAUCUGUCUAGUGAGUAUGCAGGCCAUGGAAGAACUGGGACAUUUUCAGCUUCCAGGAAUUGUGUACAGAUCCUUGCAAUAUUGGGCCAUGCAUUAUCAUGCUGAAACAUGAGGUGAUGGCGGCGGAUGAAUGGCAUGACAAUGGGCCUCAGGAUCUCGUCACGGUAUCUCUGUGCAUUCAAAUUGAAUGCAGUCAGCAUGCCAAUUGCACACGCCUUCAAAACUUGAGACGACUGUGGCAAUGUGUUGUGUGACACAACUGCACACUUUAGAGUGGCCUUUUAUUGUCCCCAGCACAAGGUGCACCUGUAUAAUGAUCCUGCUGUUUGCCAAGAUAAUCCAUCCACCUGACAGGUGUACAUAUGAAACAUUUCUGGAGUCUUUUAUUUCAGAUCUUGAAACAUGGGACCAACACUUUAUUCAGUAUGGUAUUGUAUACAUACUAUUUAAUCACUUUUUACACAUUAUCACAAUCUGUGAGUAUAUCUAUUUUUGUUCCAAGCCUUGAUACCAUAAUAUGCAGAAGGCAAUAAUGGGACACUCAUAGUAGCUCAGAUGUUCCUGAAUCUUAGGACCUUGUUAGCUUUCAGAGUGAUGUGAGGUCCAGUCAGUCCACUCUGUAGUCUGUGUGGGUCUGCAGAGUGAGGCUCUGCAACAGCUUACUUCUGCCUGACCUGGAGCCACUCUCCAGUGUGAGUGUGGGGUUGAUUAGUUCUGCCUGAACAGCAGCAGCUCUCUGCCACCCCGGGGCGGUGACAUCUGUGUGUUCUGCUGAGCGGGUCGGCCGUCGCGCUAAUUCAAUUAUGCCGCUUAAAGUGUCACGCUGUAGAGCUGUCAGCAACGUCACCAUGAAAGAAACAUCACCGAACUCAAUCAUCACAAUGCUUCAUUGGAUUCCAGGAACACUGUCCAUCCCUUUUAUUUCCCCUCCUAUCAUUGAUGUGAUCUCAGAUUGACUGGUUCUAAGAGGAGGACAGGGGAAUUGAAAGACCCAGCCACACACAAUUAGCGCUCAUGCUGUCUGCAGGCUCUGUGCCCACCCGUCUGUUGGAAAGAACGGAUAUUAACUUCCCACGGUCACUCAAUGCAAAAUGGGUUCACAUUUGCUAUGUAAUUUUAGGACGCUGUCCAGGCCACUGUCUAGAAAAUCAUCCUUCCAAGAAUGUGUUUAAUGGCUGUAGUUUCAUUGCGCAGACUUGUUGCUCGUGCAGUACAGUAUUUUCCAUCUUGUGAUGUAAUCUACAUGAUAAGCUUCCUUCCUUCCUAUUCUGUAGGAAGGAACACAUGCACCAUCAAUAUGAUAAUCCUGUUAUGUCUUCUGUUUCUCAGCCUCACGUCCCUGUUCUACGGAGAGCAGAGUGAGAAGGAGAAAUCCCCGUCAGAAUCCAGCCCAUCAGACUCAGAGACCAAGGACUUGGUAAAUCCAACUUUAUUAGGGAUCCAAGUCCAGACAGUAGGAUAGGUCUAGAGGUAUAGCUGAUGAAGGGUGACCUGUUUGAGUGUGAAUCUACUGUUUUUGUGACACUGACCAAAGCACUUCUCCUUAAUUGAGUUGCUGAAACAUCCAGCUGCACAAACAAAACCCAAAAAAUUAAGAAAAGGCAGAUUAUUUAGAGAAUGACUUCAUAUAUACCUGCGUGACUGGGUAAGAUCACCACCAUCGAUGUGACACACUAUGUUUAUGAUGGAGUAGGACAGAGUCCGACAGGAGUCUUCUCCCAGAGUUUGACAGCAAUUAAGUCGUUUGCGCCUCUAGACUAGACCUAUUAAAACCCCAUCACUCUCUCAGCGUGUAAACCUUAAUGUUAUGCAAAUUGUAUUUAAUAAGCGAUCCACUGAAUGUUUUAUGUCUUUCUUCCUUUAGGGCUUCUGCUCUUGGCUUACAACACUUUACCAUAUGAAGUAAGUGUAAAACUGUGGCCCCUUUAACCCUCUACCCAUCCUCGCUUCUUUUUAUUGCCCUUCUCUUCAAUGUUGUCAUCUCAAAAUGCAAACCCUCAUGUUAUAUCUCAUUAAGCAGCGAAAACAAUCAAGUAUGUGCUCAUGGGAUCGUUCGUGCCGUGGUUUACCAUAGAGUAUUUGCACUUGCUCGAGUUUGACUCCACUCAUUGGAUUUAAAGCCGUAACUUCCUCUGUGUCCAUGGUUUCCAUAUUAUUAUGGUGGAGUUUGGGUUCUUCUGGGUGCUGUUUUUAGCUCUUGUGUUAGUGGCUGACUGUAAUACAUCACCCUGGGAUCCCUGGGAAAGUGCUAACCCACCCUGAAAGCUCUCUGUGUGGCCUGCCUGCCAUGGGACCAGCAGGCACCUCCUGUUUCUUCUCUUUUUAUGAGACAAGUGGGUUUCCUGACCCUCCAGGUGUGCAGUGAGGUAUGAGGAGCAGGCCCCACAAUAUCACUACCAUGGAGCACAGCUGAGUCUGAAUCUGUCUCACCAUGGAAGAGAAGGAUUCUGCUCUUCCCUCCACGGUCCCAUUACACCCAUGUGUCUAGUACAUGCUGUUUCCCUGUAGUCCCCUUCUCAACUGCACACUACUUCUUUGUAACUCUGUGCUCUUUAGGGUACUCCUUAGUUUGUACUCCUUAGUUUAAAUCCUGGUACCCUGGGAAGAGCCUCUCUUCCCUGCCCAGUUUUAGAACCUCUCUCUCUGUGUUGCCUCCAGGGAUGAGGAGAUCAGGAGUAAGUGUGGCAUCGACGCAACGACCUACCUGUCCUUCCAGCGCCACAUCAUCCUGCUCAUGACUGUAGUCUGCCUACUGUCUUUGGCCAUCAUCCUGCCUGUCAACUUUUCCGGGAACCUCCUAGGUAAUUUAGAGGGAAGCCUUAGCCUAUGUUGGGAGGCCCAGGGAUAUCCUAGAUGCCAGGGGAGGUAGAGGGGCACCUCGCCGGGAGAGACCAGGCCACACAUGCAUACACAGACACCUACACGGGUGGGCUAGCACGCAUGCGCACACACACACGCCACAGUUAAACACAAACGGACAAAGUCUGCCCAGUGUCGUGACGUGACUUUCAUUAAUAUGAUGACUGUUAUUUAUCGAAUCAACUAACUAUGUUUAAUUGUUACUCGAUUUAAAUUAAUCAGGUAACAAUUAACUCAUUAGGAUUUGGGGCACCACGGAAUAAGUUGUUUAUAGAGUUACCAUCUCCCGAAUGAAACUAUAAAAGGUAUUUACCUAUCAAUAUGUAUAAAACAGUCAAUGUAUUAAUCAUUACCUCUUAUCAGUCUCAUUCUGAACGGUCGUAGGCUUCUUGGAUCUGCAAGAACCCCAGCUUUACUUAUGAUUCAGCACUACGCAAAUUGGUUUAAAUAUUUAUUUACUAGCUAACUAAAUACUAACACAGAAUAACAUACACACUUAAUACAUGAGAAAAAGUCCCUAGCGGACUAACAACAACAUUACUGCUUGGUUACCUAGAGAGGGAGAGGCACAACACUUAUCGUACAUUUUGAAACUACGCUCACAGUAAUCAUUUACUUUGCACACGAACCACUGCCCGUUUGGAGUAAGAAAUCAUUCAUGUAUUUACGUGUUUCAAUGCCUUCGUUCGCCUUUUAUUUCUGUCGGACCAAGCCUUCUUAAAAAGGGUUUAGCUGGUUCUCCGGUGGGUCACUUGUAAGGCUCUGAUUGUCCACCAGAUGUCACAAUGUCCUUCGUUUUAGUUGUCCGGUCACCAGUGGUGUAUUUCUUCAGAACAGCUACUCAGUGUCACCAGUGAUUUGUCUGAGGGGAGCUUUCUUCUCCACCUCGUGUGGUUAGUCAGAGUUUGAACCACCUUACACACACAGCUGCAGCCUGGCGAUGUUCAGGUCUAGUCUGGGAGCUGAUCUUCUUCACCUCGUGUUGAGGUUCAACGUUCCAACCAUUUUCAGCCAUGUAGCAACCACUCCACGUCUUUCUGGUCUAAUGUUAAUUUUUCUUUCAAGCCUUUAUGCACUCUUGGUAAAAGGGCCGUUCCAUCAUGCUGACACGAUCUCUGAGCUCACUCGGGGCGUGGCUACUGACUGGCGAAAGUAUCAUCAAAAACGAUGAUAUCGUUAGAAAACUAAAAUCACAUUACUAUUUUAACAAAAAUACUCUAAUAUUAUAUACACAACGUAAAGGAUGAAAACCUGACACACAGUGUGUAUACUCUCCAAGUUACAGUAUUUUCUUGAUACCAUUCUUAAUGACAUCACAAAAUAAUAAACAUGACCAAACUGACCAUUCCCCACAUUCUUAUCUUAGAAAUAUUGUUCCAGUGUUUACUUUUUGGACGUUAUAGUUUUGGGCGGGAAAAGUAUUCUGUAGACAAAGGGACAUUCAAAUCAAUACUGGAGAGCAAGAGAGAGAUUCCCCUCCUCCCUAAUUUAUGACAGGGUGUGAGGGGUCAAAACCGUCCCAGCCCCCUUCCCUCUUCUGUUGGUGAGAGGGGUCUGGUUAUUGUCAGCCAUUGCCAAGCUGAUCUGAGGCCUUGGAUCCUCACCCAGGAGAGUCAUGACACCAGGGAGAUCCUAAAUGUAGGCCACACACACACAAACAAACAAACAAACAAACAAACAAACAAACAAACAAACAAACAAACAAACAAACAAACAAACAAACAAACAAACAAACACACACACACACACACACACACACCACAGAUACAAACACAGACAGAGUGAAAUGACACCUGGGAAGUGAAAUAUUUUUUUUAUUUAACCUUUUAUUUAUACAGGUUUUUCUCAUUGAGAUAAAAUCCAUUUUCAAGAGAGACCUGGUCCAACAGCAACAGGGGGAACAACGUUUCAGACAAAACAACUUACAUACACUAACACAUUGAAGAAAACUAUAGACACACAUACAGUACAACAAUGACAUAUUACAUAAAGAAACACAAAUGUCAUAACUAAAAAACAGCUGUCCUAAAGACAAUUACACUCUUCUAUGAAAUUUACAUCGACCAAGUGUUUAAACUCCACCAACAUGACUAGAUCAUCACAUUGUAAAAUGUUCAGGAGAGAAUUCCAGGACCACCGAGCUGAGUAACUAAAACUAUUUCUACCAUGACCUGUUCUAAUUCUUGGUAUUGUUAAAAGCAAAUGAGAAUGGGACCGUAAUUGAUAAUUUAUUUACUGACCUGAUUAAAAAAGAACAGAGAAAGUGCCAUUUACCCAGUAUGGCCGUAUAAAUCAGUGUAUUCCAGUGUUUAAGCCUACGCAAGGUCAAUGACGACCAGCCAAUGGCGCUGUAGAGAUCACAAUGAUGUGUUAGACGUUUUUGAUUGGUAAUGAACCUGAGGGCUGCAUGAUAUACUGAAUCAAGUGCUCUCAGGGUAGUGGUUGAGGCCUGCAUAUACAGUACCAGUCAAAAGUUUGGACACACCUACUCAUUCAAGUUUUUUUAUUUUAUUUAUUUUUAAACAAUUUUUUACAUUGUAGAAUAAUAGUGAAGAUAUCAAAACUAUGAAAUAACACAUUGAAUCAUGUAGUAACCAAAAAAGUGUUGAAUCAAAAUAUAUUGGAGAUUCUUCAAAUAGCCACCCUUUGCCUUGAUGACAGCUUUGCACACUCUUGGCAUUCUCUCAACCAGCUUCACCUGGAAUGCUUUUCCAACAGACUUGAAGGAGUUCCCACAUAAGCUGAGCACUUGUUGGCUGCUUUUCCUUCACUCUGCCGUCCGACUCAUCCCAAACCACCUCAAUUGUGUUGAGGUCGGGGGAUUGUGGAGGCCAGGUCAUCUGAUGCAGCACUCCAUCACUCUCCUUCUUGGUAAAAUAGCACUUACACAGCCUGGAGGUGUGUUGGGUGAUUUGUCCUGUUGAAAAACAAAUGAUAGUCCCACUAAGCCCAAACCAGAUGGGAAUGUUGUAUCGCUGCAGAAUGCUGUGGUAGCCAUGCUGGUUAAGUGUGCCUGUAGCUCAAUUGGUAGAGCAUGGCGCUUGUAACGCCAGGGUAGUGGGUUCGAUCCCCGGGACCACCCAUACGUAAAAAAAUGUAUGCGCACAUGACUGUAAGUCGCUUUGGAUAAAAGUGUCUGCUAAAUGGCUUAUUAUUAUUAUUAUUAUUAUUAUUAUUAUUAUUAUUAUAUUAUAUAAAUAAACCUUUGACUGGUAGUGUAUAUAACAUCACCUAAAAUCUAAAGCCGCCAGUAAUGUACAUCCUACCAGCUCUUUCCUGGCCUUCAGAGAAAAACAAGCCUUAUGCCGGUAAUAAAAACCUAUUCUCAUCUUGAGCUUCCUUAUCAAGUUCUGCACAUGAACAGUGAAGCUCCGCUUGUCAUCCACCCACACUGAUAAGCUACAAUGACUUUGUUCAUGAUCAUGCACGCCGCAAAUGAAAUGUAACUAUAGACAGGUUGGUUGUUUAGCAACAAAACCGACACAUGUGCAACUAUGGGGCAAAACAGACUGGGUUGGCUUAGAUUGUUGACAACAUGUAAACUAUACUUUGUCUCCUAUGUUUAUUGAAAACAUACAUUUGCAUGAGUACUUGUCUCUCAAAUACAUCGUUACAGUUGUUGGUUAGCUAGCUAGCGAAUUUUUGCCAUUUUUGCGUUGACAUUAAAUCAGUUAAAACGCCUCAAAACAAGACAUGGUAUCAAGAACAAUAUGAAACGAGACAAUAACGAUUCCCCACAUGGCAGUUUCUUGUCAUUCUUGCUAGCAAUCUGGCCACCCAGAAUCACAACAACACGCUGACUACUGCCCAUGGAACCGCGCACAUCGUUUUCGUGACGUUGUCAGCUAACCCAUCUAGAACUUCCUUGAAUUUUAUUUUGCGGAGAGUGAAGCAAAACUUUUGUUGUCAAAACCAUUCAUCUUGGUGUCGGUGGGAGCGGGUUUGCAAAAUGCAAUCAUAUCACGCAAUUAUACCAUUUUAUAAAAUUCAUACAGACUAGCUCAUAACUAUGUGAACAUGGAUAAUUUGUCAAAUGGAUUAUGAUAAUUUUCUGGCAAAUGAAAGUAGAGGUGCACCCUGUAUUUUUGUUUGCUCCAUAGCUCAGGCGGCCCGAGGCUGUUUGGCUCAGUCACGAAGAGGAAUAACUUUGCAGCUGUUUCUGAUUAAUAAACAUUGCCAUGCUGCUGGAUGGUAACAUUCAAAUAAAACCAAGCCCUGAAACAAAACGUAGACUGAAAAUAAUUUGUAUUUCAUAUCAUAGCAUAAGACACUGCAUUUACACGGAUUUGCACAAAGUGGGCAGUUCAGAUUUGUCACUUCAAGCCCAGAUAUAUCAUACUUUGUGCAUCAUGGGUAAAAAGUGGAUUUCUACUGGUGUGGGUGUUUAAAGUCCCUCCCUUUACUAUAUAAAAAUAACUAUUACACACAUUUGUCCUAUGUUGUCUUUUCUAUAGGGGAUAAUCCAGAAAAUUUUGGAAGAACGACUGUGGCUAAUCUUCCUGCCAAGUAGGUCAAAGGGCUAUGGCUUCUCUUUUUGCAGAGGAUUCAUAAUUCUUCAAGAAAUGUUCAAGAAUAUCUUGAGACCGUCAUGGUUAUCCAACAGUCAUGUGGAAUGCCUUUUAUUUUCUUUCCUGUUAGGGACAGCUUCCUGUGGCUCCACAGUAUCUUUGCUCUGCUCUACUUCAUCAUCACAGUGCUGUGUAUGGCCCACCACUCCUCACGCCUGGAGUACAGAGAGGACGAGAAGGUGUGUGACGGCUCCUCAAACUUAGCCAAAUGUGUAAUGAUUACAACAUGGUCAGGUUACUGUCUCUGAAAACUGAAAGAGACUCCCUUUGGUGUGUGUAAUGCAUUGUUACCAUCUUACUUGUAUUAUUGUGAAACAUAUUGUUUUUUGUCAGGUGGCCAGGACUCUCAUGAUCACCUGCAUCCCCAGAGAGAUCUCAGACCCAGGCCUCAUCACCAAACACUUCCAGUAAUCUUAAAUGUUUACUUCCCACUUUCCUUACUCUUUCAAGUUACAGCUGAUACUAAUACACCUGGUGUGGAUAGGUGGUUUAACUCUGUUCCCUCUUCCCUCCACUCUAGUGAGGCCUACCCCAGCUGUACUGUCACUGACCUCCGCUUCUGCUUCAAUGUACACAAACUGAUGAGGCUGGACUCUGAGAGGUACAGUAACUAUGACAAUAUGGAGAAAUUAGUUCAAUCGUUUUUUUUGUGGUUUUGUGCAGAUUUGAGUUGUUGUGUUUCAGACGGAAGGCGAUGAAAGGAAGGUUGUAUUUUACCACUAAGGCCCAGAAGGAGGGGAAGAUCAUGAUUAAGACCCACCCCUGUGCAACCAUCUUCUGCUGUGACGUGUGCAGCUUUGAGCAGGUGCAUUUGUAACAGAAAUGUUACAGUGAAUCUUGGUCAUAGAAAUUAUGUUGCAUUGAUUGCAUAUUGCCACUGGAUGGCACUAAAUAACUAAAUUUAGAUUUGAGCAGCUGUCUGAAUUGAAAUACAAUAAGGGAUACAACAAGACUUGAUUAAUAAUACCAGAAUGUAGCUAAUCUAUAUUUUCAACUCGUUGCAGGUGGAUGCAGAGCAGUACUACAGUGAGUUGGAGGAGAAACUGACUGAUGAGUUUAAUGCAGAGAAGCAUCGUAUCUCGCUCAUGAGGCUGGGCAUCGCCUUUGUGACCUUUCGGGAUGAAAGGAUGACUGCUGUGUGAGUAAACUAUGACCCCUGACCUCUGAGUGACAUGGUAAUGCACUGUACUGCAGUCUCCCGCAGUGCAUGCAUGGAGUGCCAAAUUAUCUUUUUUACUUUCUCCCAAAUCCCUGUUACAGGGUUUGAUUGAAUAUGUUCAUGAGUGUGUCUCUGCCUGUUUUGUCUGAUGACUUUGUGUCUAUGUGUGUUGUGUUUCUCCCUACAGUAUUGUCAAGGACUACAGCCGGGUCCGUUGCCGUCAGAGACCCCAGCAGUCUAGCAUCACCACGGUAGUUCAGUCUCACAGGUGGGGUGUAGACUACGCCCCGGCACCAAGCGACAUCAUCUGGUGAGUGAGGGAGGUUAUCUAAAGCAGAUUAUGACUAGAAAUUCCCUCCCGUUGGUUAAGUUAUCAAACUAUUUAGUAGCUUUAUCUUACCUGAUAGAUGAAUUAAAAUAUACUGUACUUAGGCCGGGAUUUGAAACUGGCACAUAUUAACAAGCAGUGCCCUGCAUUUUUACAUUUAGAUUUUAGUCAUUUAGCAGACGCUACUAUCCAGAGCGACUUACAGUUAGUGCAUUAGCAGUUAGUAUUACAGUUAGUAGCAAAGAGAGACAACCGCGUAUCCCAGUCAUAGUAAGCUACUUAUUGAGAAAGAAAAUAGCUAUCAGCAAGGUCAGCGCUAGUAACAGUAACAGGCUUUUAAAGAUGUUUGCACAGAUUGUGUUCAUCGUUUGACGGCUCAAGCAUACUGUGUAUUCGGAAAGUAUUCAGACCCCUUAACUUUUUUGUUACAUUACAGCCUUAUUCUAAAAUAGAUUUUUUUACAAAUAUCAUCAAUGUACACACAAUAACCCAUAAUGACAAAGAGAAAACAGGUUUUUUGACAUUUUUGCAAAUGUAUUAAAAAUAAAAAACAGAUACCUUAUUUACAUAAGUAUUCAGAGCUUUUGCUAUGAGACUCGAAAUUGAGCUCAGGUGCAUCCUGUUUCCAUUGAUCAUCCUUGAGAUGUUUCUACAGCUUGAUUGGAGUCCACCUGUGGUAAGUUUAAUUGAUUGGACAUGAUUUGGAAAGGCACACACCUGUCUAUAUAAGGUCCCACAGUUGACAGUGCAUGUCAGAGCAAAAACCAAGGAAUUGUCCGUAGAGCUCCGAGACAGGAUUGUGUCGAGGCACAGAUCUGGGGAAGGGUACCAAAACAUUUCUGUAUCAUUGAAGGUCCCCAAGAACACAGUGGCCUCCAUCAUUCCUAAAUGGAAGAAGUUUGGAACCACCAAGACUCUUCUUAGAGCUGGCCACCCGGCCAAACUGAGCAAUCGGGAGAGAAGGGCCUUGGUCAGGGAGGUGACCAGAACCUGAUGGUCACUGACAGAGCAACAGAGUUCCUCUGUGGAGAUGGGAGAACCUUCCAGAAGGACAAGCAUCUCUGCAGCACUCCACCAAUCAGGCCUUUAUGGUAGAGUAAAAGGCACAUGACAGCCCACUUGGAGUUUCACAAAAAGCACCUAAAGGACUCAGACCAUGAGAAACAAGAUUCUCUGGUCUGAUGAAACCAAGAUUGAACUAUUUGGCCUGAAUGGCAAGCGUCACAUCUGGAGGAAACCAGGCACCAUCCCUACGGUGAAGCAUGGUGGUGGCAGGAUCAUGCUGUGGGGAUGUUUUUCAGCAGCAUGGACUGGGAGACUAGUCAGUAUCGAGGGAAAGAUGAACAGAGCAAAGUACAGAGAGAUCCUUGAUGAAAACCUGCUCCAGAGCGCUCAGACUGGGGCGAAGGUUCACCUUCCAACAGGACAACGACCCUAAGCACACAGCCAAGACAACGCAGGAGUGGCUUCGGGACAAUGUCCUUGAGUAGCCCAGCCAGAGCCCGGACAUGAACCCCAUCGAACGUCUCUGGAGAGACCUGACAGAGCUUGAGAGGAUCUGCAGACAAGAAUGGGAGAACCACACCAAAAACAGGUGUGCCAAGCAUGUAGCGUCAUACCCAAGAAGACUCAAGGCUGUAAUCGCUGCCAAAGGUGCUUCAACAAAGUACUGAGUAAAGGGUCUGAAUACUUAUGUAAAUGUGAUAUUUUUAAUAAAUGUGCAAAAAUGUCUACCUGUUUUUGCUUGGUCUUUUAUAGGGUAUUGUGUGUAGAUUGAUGAGUGGGAAAAAAACAAUUGAAUCCAUUUUAGAUUCAGGCUGUAACGUAACAAAAUGUGGAAAAAGUAAAGGGGACUGAAUACUCUCCGAAUGCACUGUAAAUCACCUUUGAAAAUCAAUUGCAGUGCGCAUGUCGUUAAUCUGUGUUACUUACUCUUACAAGAGGGCCACUCAACCAUUUAACCAAUUAAAUUAGAUGGCUUUUAGAAUAGUGUGAGAUGUCUUAGAUCGUGAUUUUAUUUUUUACAGUGAAAUUGUCCAUUGGUAGUUCUAAAGUCCAUUUGACAUCAGUUAUAAAAUGAAAUGAAGUGAUAACCAUCAGCCCCUCUGAGGUUACAUACAGUGGGGAGAACAAGUAUUUGAUACACUGCCGAUUUUGCAGGAUUUCCUACUUACAAAGCAUGUAGAGGUCUGUCAUUUUUAUCAUAGGUACACUUCAACUGUGAGAGACGGAAUCUAAAACCAAAAUCCAGAAAAUCACAUUGUAUGAUUUGUAAGUAAUUAAUUUGCAUUUUAUUGCAUGACAUAAGUAUUUGAUCACCUACCAACCAGUAAGAAUUCCGGCUCUCACAGACCUGUUAGUUUUUCUUUAAGAAGCCCUCCUGUUCUCCACUCAUUACCUGUAUUAACUGCACCUGUUUGAACUCGUUACCUGUAUAAAAGACACCUGUAAACACACUCAAUCAAACAGACUCCAACCUCUCCACAAUGGCCAAGACCAGAGAGCUGUGUAAGGACAUCAGGGAUAAAAUUGUAGGCCUGCACAAGGCUGGGAUGGGCUACAGGACAAUAGGCAAGCAGCUUGGUGAGAAGGCAACAACUGUUGGCGCAAUUAUUAGAAAAUGGAAGAAGUUCAAGAUGACGGUCAAUCACCCUCAGUCUGGGGCUCCAUGCAAGAUCUCACCUCGUGGGGCAUCAAUGAUCAUGAGGAAGGUGAGGGAUCAGCCCAGAACUACACGGCAGGACCUGGUCAAUGACCUGAAGAGAGCUGAGACCACAGUCUCAAAGAAAACCAUUAGUAACACACUACGCCGCCAUGGAUUAAAAUCCUGCGGCGCACGCAAGGUCCCCCUGCUCAAGCCAGCGCAUGUCCAGGCCCGUCUGAAGUUUGCCAUUGACCAUCUGGAUGAUCCAGAGGAGGAAUGGGAGAAGGUCAUGUGGUCUGAGACCGAAAUAAAGCUUUUUGGUCUAAACUCCACUCGCCGUGUUUGGAGGAAGAAGAAGGAUGAGUACAACCCCAAGAACACCAUUCCAACCGUGAAGCAUGGAGGUGGAAACAUCAUUCUUUGGGGAUGCUUUUCUGCAAAGGGGACAGGACGACUGCACCGUAUUGAGGGGAGGAUGGAUGGGGCCAUGUAUCGCAAGAUUUUGGCCAACAACCUCCUUCCCUUAGUAAGAGCAUUGAAGAUGGGUCGUGGCUGGGUCUUCCAUUAUGACAAUUACCCGAAACACACAGCCAGGGCAACUAAGGAGUGGCUCCGUAAGAAGCAUCUCAAGGUCCUGGCGUGGCCUAGCCAGUCUCCAGACCUGAACCCAAUAGAAAAUCUUUGGAGGGAGCUGAAAGUCUGUAUUGCCCAGCGACAGCCCCGAAACCUGAAGGAUCUGGAGGAGUGGGCCAAAAUCCCUGCUGCAGUGUGUGCAAACCUGGUCAAGACCUACAGAAAACAUAUGAUCUCUGUAAUUGCUAACAAAGGUUUCUGUACCAAAUAUUAAGUUAUGCUUUUCUGAUGUAUCAAAUACUUAUGUCAUUCAAUAAAAUGCAAAUUAAUUACUUAAAAAUCAUACAAUGUGAUUUUCUGGAUUUUUAUUUUAGAUUCCGUCUCUCACAGUUGAAGUGUACCUAUGAUAAAAAUUACAGACCUCUACAUGAUUUGUAAGUAGGAAAACCUGCAAAAUCGGCAGUGUAUCAAAUACUUGUUCUCCCCACUGUAUGUAUGGGGGGAUUAGCCAAUGAGACAGCCCUGCCAAGCGGUGCUCACUGUGCUUCAUGCCUCAUUGGCUGUGUGUGUUCGUGCGGAGGGAGUAGCACUGCUCCUUGGUGUUUUCACAGGCUCUGGGGUCGACCAAUGACUAACUGAAACCGAGCACUCGAGUGUGCUGUAUCCAACCUGUUAUCCACUCCAGUGUGGUCUUGUUUUUUUAUUCCCUCCCACAUUAGGGGUUGUUUUUGUUGUAUUCAUACUUUGUGGAUAUACACAGUAGUCAUGUCAGCCGUCCAUCAGGAUAGAUCAGUGACCUCCGUGUUUACCUCUGUGUCUCCAGGGAGAACCUCUCAGUGUGUGGCUCCCGCUGGUGGCUCCGCUGCAUCCUGCUCAACAUCCUCCUCUUCCUCCUCCUCUUCUUCCUCACCACUCCCGCCAUCAUCGUCAAUACCAUGGACAGGUUCAACGUCACCCGGCCUGUGGACAGCCUGAGGGUCAGAGUUCAUUUCUGAAUUACAGUGCUUGAAUGGGCCUAAUGGGGUGGUGGUGCUGUACAAAAGCAAAUAAACUCUGUAUUUCCAGAAUAAACUAUAUUAUGAUGAACUCAUGAGGUUUUGGUUUCUCCCCAUAGAGCCCGAUCAUCACUCAGUUCUUCCCUACUCUCUUGCUCUGGGCGUUCUCUGUCCUGCUGCCCUUCAUAGUCUAUUACUCAGCCUUCUUCGAGUCUCACUGGACCAGGUAGAGUACUGCACUGCUGCAGGCCAAGCAGAUACUGCCUGACACUCUCCUCAACCGAAGGCUCACUUCUGUCCCUGAAAAGACAAAACACUUUAUUCAUCUUCCUCAGACCCUCUUCAAUUACACAAUACCUCUCACAGUUUUUCUCGCUCUCGCUCUCUCUCUCUCUCUCUCUCUCUCUCUCUCUCUCUCUCUCUCUCUCUCUCUCUCUCUCUGUGUGUGUGCUCUGUUUGCCUGCAUUACUUCUCUAGUCAGGUUGUCAUAGCGAUUUCUGUGGAGAUAAUGAUAUGCACAGUGGUCACUAUGCACUGAGGAGCAGAAUAGCUCUGCAUCCGGAGGAGACAACCUCACACGGCACCUAUGAGCACUGUCUCUUUACAUUACCUCCCCCACCACCCACCCAUAUGUUGUGAAGGACUUAAUGGAAAUCAAAUGUUUACAGUUAUUGGUGUGAAAAGCUCUGCUCGUGGUAAUGAGCUCACUAAGUUGUUUGCAUUUGAAACUGAAUUAUUAAAUAUGUGAGAUGUUGCUUUUUGAAUGUCGUGUGUGAGUGAGUGCAAUUUGUGUUUGUGUGCGCUUCUAUCAUUAGUGUUCUGUCUCCUGAAAUGAUUUCAAAUUCUAACAUGUACUGCAUGUUCAAAACAUGUGUUUUAUAACUACAUGUCCUCUGUUGUAAUAUGGUCUAUGUUGUGGUGUCCUUAGAUCCAGUGAGAACCAAAUCACGAUGCACAAGUGCUUUGUACUGCUGGUGUUCAUGGUGAUCAUCCUGCCCUCACUGGGUCUAUCCAGGUAUGAAUAUAGAAACAUACAUGCUGACAUGUAACAGAUAAUUUAUAGCGCCCUGCUAUGAUCAUUACAGAGAUUACAAGAUCCUGUGCUUAUGCUCUAACAUACCUGUGCUUCUUUUCUCACCUUUGCCCUACUCUAGUCUGGAUCUGUUCUUCAGGUGGCUGUUUGAUGUCAACUUCCUGGAAGACAAGGAUGUUAAAUUUGAGUAAGUCUAAUUGUCCGGCCCUCUAAUGCUAUGGUACCAUCUGCUUAGCUAGCUUUGACAGAACUACCACGGUAAACACACUUCUAAGAUAUGUCACCUCUGGCCUCCCGAGUGGCGCAGCGGUCUAAGACACUGCAUCGCAGUGCAAGCUGCGUUACUACAGAUCCUGGUUCGAUACCGGGCUGUGUCGCAGCCGGCCGCGACCGGGAGAACCAUGAGGCGACGCACAAUUGGCCCAGCGUCGUCUGGGUUAGGGGAGGGUUUGGUUGGCUGGGAUGUCCUUGUCCCAUCGCGCUGUAGUGACUCCUGUGGCGGGCCGGGCGCAUGCACGCUGACACGGUUGCCAGGUAUACAGUGUUUCCUCCGACACAUUGGUGCGGCUGGCUUCCGGGUUAAGCGUGCAUUGUGUCAAGAAGCAGUGCGGCUUGGCGGGGUUGUGUUUUGGAGAACGCACGGCUCUCGACCUUCGCCUCUCCAGAGUUGCAGCGAUGGGACAAGACUGUAACUACCAAUUUGGAUAUGACGAAAUAAAAAAUAAUUAAAUAAAUGUCACCUGUGUGUGCAGGUGUGUGUUCCUGCCUGAUAACGGAGCGUUCUUUGUGAACUACGUGAUCACGUCCAGCCUGAUCGGCACGGCCAUGGAGCUGCUGCGUAUCCCAGCCCUAAUGGUGUAUGCGUUGCGUCUCUGCUUCGCCAAGCCCGGGGCCGAGCGCAUCCACGUCAAACGGGUGAGAGGAGCGGUAUUUUACUGUAUUAUUUGUGUGUUUCUUUGAUGCAUCAAAUAACCUUUUUUUUCAAUUGUGUGUUUUGUCCGUCUCUCCAGAGCCAGGCCUAUGAGUUCCAGUUUGGUCUGGAGUAUGCCUGGACCAUGUGCAUCUAUGCUGUUAGCAUGACUUACAGUAUCACCUGUCCCAUCAUCAUGCCCUUUGGUGAGUGAGUGUGUGUGUGUGUGUGUGUGUGUGUAGGCUAAAGAAGCAUGUUUAUCUUUCCUUCUCACCUUCUUCCUCCUCCGGUGUGUGUGUGUGUGCCUCCUUCCUGUGUGUGUGUGUGUGCUCAGUGGGAGCCUCUCUCCUGAUACUGUAAACUUCAUCACCUCUGCUGCCAGCCUGGUGCAGACUGUGAAGUGAAUGUGCUGUAGUCCCAGACGCUCAGACACAGCGAGCUGUGAGCCAGACGCCCACUCCACUCCUGUCUCUGCCCAGAGCCGCUACUAUUACUACUACUCUCCAGGCCUUGACCCCUGCCUUCCACAUUGUUCUAGGCCUGGGCUCAGCUGCAUGCUGUCUUUAACCUGUCAUUCACUCUGUAGCCCAGAGUUGGGGUCAAUUCCAUCUAAAUUCUAGUAAAUUCCGAAGUCAACCGACAGGAAUGGGAGUUGAAUUGACCUCAACUAUGCUUUAGACUGAAGUUAGCACUUACAAUAGGUGAUUGGCUGCAUAUGUCCUCAUCAGUCAGCUCUGUGUUGCCUGUCUCUCUGUGUGUGUCUGUCUCUCAGGGCUGCUCUACCUGAUCCUGAAACACAUGGUGGACCGCUACAACAUCUACUAUGCCUACGUGCCCACCAAGCUCAACCAGCGCAUCCACACUGCAGCCAUCAGCCAGGUCAUCGUGGCGCCCAUCCUCUGCAUGUUCUGGCUCCUGUUCUUCUCUGUGCUCAGACUGGGUACUUCCUGGUUCUUGUUACCGUAGCCUAUCAAACAGACCGAUACAUGUGGGUUACCCACUGUUAGUCAGAUAUAACUUAGUGGCUGCUAGAGUGGUCAUAUAUGGUGAUGUGGUCUUGAUUGUGGUUCUUCUCUUGUGCUCCAGGCCCAAUGCGUCCCAUCACCCUCUUCACCUUUGUGUUGCUGCUCUCCUGCCUUGUCUUCUCCCUCUUUGGCCUAUGCCUUAGGAAACAGCCUGACAAGUCAUCAAGCUACCAGGUCAGCGACAGUAUGAACAAUGGGACAUAGUGCUGUACUGGUGUUUGGGCUAGCAGAUCCUUUAUAGUUUUUGACGAUAAACUCUAUGUAAUGUCAUUUAUUAAGCCUAAGUACUUUGACCAUGGGCUAUGUCUUUAUGAGAUGGUGGUAUUUAAGCAUCUGCUGUAGCAGUGCAGCUAUGCUCUUGAGACACCCCCCUCCCUGGUUGGUGUAGAGCACUGGCCCUCAAUGGCUUAAUUAUCGCUGAGCCAAUGUGUUUCAGAUGUUUGACCAGAUGUCUGCUGACCAGCCAGCAGAAGGGGCCUUCGCUGAUGCAGAGAGAAGCUCCACCCCCUCCACUACCCCCUCCAAUGUACCUGCCUUUCUUCAUUCACACCACUCUCAAUUCCUCACACAGUUGUACAAUAAGCUCAUAACUAGAAGAUAUGUAUGAGUCAUUUCCGUUUGAGUCAUUAGUAACUUAUCUCUUUCUCUGUGUCUUCCCCCUCAGCUGUUUGUGGCAUCUGUGUUGCUGGAGCCAGAGCUAGGCCUGACCCCCAUGCCCUCCCCAGCUCACCAGAGCUACGGGACCAUGGCCAGCUCCCAGGACAGAGAGGAGGAGGAGGAGGAGGACCAGGUUGAGACUGUCGAGACAGAGCUCCAGGACCCCCCAGACCCCUAUUACUCCAGCCCCCUCAUGGACAGCCCAGUGGGUUACCAGUGA